UUCCGUUCUUGAAACUUUUACUUUAUGUUAUUAGUUCAAAGCAGUUUAAAGAUUAUUAUAUAUAAAAAUAUUUUUCUAUAUCUUCUAAAGUAUUGUAAAUAUUUUUAAUCAAUAUAUCAAUGAAUAAAUUGAACUCGUUGAUACAUUAAUUCGUUUAUGUAACAUAUCAGUUUUAAUAUUAUACUAUUUUAUUAUUAUAUUUUCAAAAAGACAAAAUGGGCGUAAGUGAAAUAAAUAUGUGGAUAUUGAUACGUAGGUACGAUCAAAUUGAAUCAGAAAAUGACACAUUACAAACAACUUUAAAUUGUUUUACUGUUGUACCUGGAGUAACGUUAGAUGAAUUAAGAAUAUCUAUUUAUUAUUGGGCCGGUAUAGAAAAAGAUAAUAAUAAAGUAUUAAAAAUUAGAAGAUACGAUAAUAAUUUGAUACCAUUGUCUUCUUUGCUCAGAGGAUCUCAUAAAGACAAGCCUUUUAUCAUUGAUGUUGUUGGAGUACAUCAAUUUUGUCCUAUAGAAGAACGGAGCCUACCACCUGGUUAUUUAGACGCUUUCAAAUCUAAACUUGCCAAUUUAGAAAAACGGGUGAUGAUGGUAGAAUCAUUUUUACCUAAUAUGACUUCUUCUCAUACGCGUGCGGUAGAAACUAUGGUAACUCAGUUAACAAAUUGUGUUAACUUCUUAGAUCAUAGACUGGAUGAAUUAGCACCACAAUGUUGGAAAAGUCAAAUUCAAUCGGCAGCCUCUUGAAAAUGGGACACCAAUAAUAUGUGACUGAGAAUGCAUGUUAACCUAUUUAUCGGAGAUUUAGAAUUUUAACAAGAAGAAUACGAAUAACUACAUUAAGAAAUGGCAAUGAUAUUGGAUAUCAAAUUCUAAAUCAAAGCGAUCUUGUACUUUACAUCUACAUGUACAUAUGGUAAAAAACAUAAGAAAACAAAUAAAAUAAUUUUGAGUGUCAUUCCAUCUCUUGUACGUUCGAUAAUUAUGUAUAAUAUAUUUAUCAUUUAUGUGAA